AUGAACAACCAGGAGCGGGCCCCAGGCCCCACCCCGGCCCGGACCUUGCCUUCGGUCCGGGCCUCAGUUCCGGCCCGGGGUUCGACCGUGGUCAGAAACUCCAUCCCGGUCCGGACUCCGACUCUGGUCCGGACCUUGGCCCCGAUCCGGACCCCAACUCCAGUCCGGACUCCAACUCCCGUCCGGACGCCAACUCUGGUCCGUACCCCGACCCCUGUCCGGACCCCGACUCCGGUUCGGAUCCCAACACCGGUCUGGACCGCAACUCCAGUCCGUUCACCGACUCCGGUCAGGAUCCCGACUCCGGCUGGGAUCCCAACCCCGACCCCGUCUCGGAUCCUGGUCCCUGCCUUGGAACCCCUCCCAAACUCCGGCCUAUCUUCGGAUCCGCCCCCAGAACCUGAUCCCCAGCUCACUUUGUCGCCUGAUCAGGAUCCUGCGCCGACCCUGAGGGUGAAGCCCAUCCCAUCGUUCACCAAUGGCUUCGGUCCCACCCAAGAGCCCUUUCCUGCCCUUACUCCAUUGGCCACCGAUUUCCUGGGGUCCACCCUCGAGUCCAGCCCGAGGGCAGACCCAUCGGCCACCAAGUUGAUAGAUUCCACUUCUGGACAUAGCCUGGCGACGCCCAUCCUUGGGACCAUCCCGUUGGCCGUCACCUUACCGUUUUCUGCCAACACAUUCGCCUCCACCAGCGAGAACAUCCAAGUGGACAACAAGAUCAUGAUUCGCGUGGUCUACUGUGGCCUCUGAAGCUAUGGCCUUAGGUACAUCCUACUGAAAAAGAGCCUGGAGCAGCAAUUUCCAAAUUGUCUACUCUUUGAGGAGGACGUAUCUGCCCAGGCUACAGGGGAGUUUGAAGUGUUUGUGGACGGGAAACUGGUCCAUUCAAAGAAGAAAGGUGAUGGCUUCGUGGAUGAGACCAAGCUGCGGAAAAUUGUGAGCCUUAUCAAUGAGGAGAUCAAGAAAAGGUAGCAGGCAACUGGUGAGCUGGAGGUGAGGUCGGAGGGGUGGAGACCGGGCUGUGGGUGGGUGGGUGGAUAGGAGGCAGGGCCCUGUGUUGGAGUCAAAGACACUCUAGCCCCAAUCCUAGUGCAGCCAGUCCUCAGUGUUACAGUCAGGACAAGUC